UUCCCAGGUGUUUUCUGCAAUGAUCCCUUGUUCCCUUAAUGUCAGGUGAUGAACAUGUUCAGUGCGAGCCAGUCCUCCAAAGCCCAGUUCCUUGACAAAGCGCGCCAGGCCCGGGAGGAGCGGCGGGAGCUGAAGGAGAGGGAACGUGCUGCAGUGCUGGUGCAGGCUCUGGUCAGGAGAUUCCUCUGUCGGUGCCGCCUGCAGAGGGAGAUAAGGAGAGAAGUGGAGGAUUUCUUUGGGGCAAAUGAAUCUGGCUCAAGUAAAAGAAGUGCUCUUUCUGUCUUCAGAAUUGCUAGGAAGCUGCUGUUUGUAUUUAAUCACAAAGAGGACAAAGAGAGAUUUGAAAAGCUGUGCCGUUGUAUUCUGAACAGUAUGGAUGCUGAGAAUGAGCCCAAGGUGUGGUAUGUGUCCCUGGCACUCUCCAAGGAUCUUACACUCCUAUGGAUCAAACAGAUCAAAGACAUCUUGUGGUUUUGCUGUGAAUUUCUCAAGCAGCUUAAGCCUGACAUCCUACAAGACUCCAGACUGGUCAAUUUGCACCUCACAAUGCUUGUCACCUUCACAGACACUUCCACGUGGAAAAUCCUUCGGGGCAAAGGUGAAACCCUGAGGCCUGCCAUGAACCACAUCUGUGCAAACAUCAUGGGACAUCUGAACCAGAAGGGAUUUUACUCUGUGCUGCAGAUUUUGCUGACUAAUGGCUUGGCAAGAUCCAGACCUUCCCUGUCCAAAGGCUCUUUAACUGCCAUCUUCUCUCUCGCACUGCGCCCUGUGGUCGCUGCACAGUUUUCAGACAAUCUGCUGAGGUCGUUUCUGAUCCAUAUCAUGUCUGUGCCUGCUAUAAUGACUCAUCUUGCUACUCUAACACCUGAGCGCCUGGUGGUGAUAGAAUCCCAUGAGCUUUUCCGCAAGUUCAUCCUGUUUUUAAGUCGGGAAGCACAAUGCCGAGAUGUCUGCGUGUGCUUAGAGGGGAGUCACACUCUGUGUUUGUUAGGGAAUCUUGUGUUCCUGGGCUCCUUGAAUGAUAAAGUCCUUGAGGAGGAGACAGCUCACUUUGUGGGUGUGCUCAUUCACAUGCUCUCCUACUGCCAGAAGUAUGUUUCACAAAAGAAAUCCAACCUCACCCACUGGCAUCCUGUUCUGGGCUGGUUUUCACAGACUGUGGAUUAUGGAUUGAAUGAGUCCAUGCCUCUGCUGACAAAGCAACUGCAGCAUCUCUGGGGAGUCCAUAUGAUCCGCAUCCUCUUCUGUGAUGUGCUCAGCAAGAAACUGCUGGAGAAUCAGGAAAUAGCUCAGCUGCCAACACAGCCCAUUUCCCCUCAGAACAGCCUUCCUAUGAAGAAUCUGUUCAAAAGAGCUUUCCAGAAGUCAGCAUCUGUCCGCAACAUUCUCAAGCCUGUUGGAGGCAAGCGGGUGGACUCUGCUGAGGUGCAGAAGGUGUGCAGCAUCUGUGUGCUGUACCAGACCACUCUCACAACGCUGACACAGAUCCGCCUGCAGAUCCUCACAGGUCUCACCUACCUGGAUGAUCUGUUGCCCAAAUUAUGGGCCUUUAUUUGUGAGCUGGGCCCUCAGGGUGGGUUGAAACUCUUCUUGGAGUGCUUGAAUAACGAUACGGAAGAAUCCAAGAGGCUGCUGGCCAUGUUGAUGCUCUUCUGUGACUGCUCCCGCCACCUCAUCACGAUUCUGGAUGACAUAGAGGUCUAUGAAGAGCAGAUUUCCUUCAAACUGGAAGAGCUUGUUACCAUCUCGUCUUUCCUGAAUUCCUUUGUAUUUAAGAUGAUCUGGGAUGGAAUUGUAGAGAAUGCCAGAGGGGAGACCCUGGAGCUGUUUCACUCUGUCCAUGGCUGGCUCAUGGUCCUGUAUGAAAGGGACUGUCGCAGGCGAUUUGCUCCCGAGGAUCACUGGUUACGCAAGGACCUCAAACCCAGUGUGCUCUUCCAGGAGCUGGACAAGGACAAGAAACGAGCCCAGCUGCUCCUGCAGUACAUCCCACAUGUCAUUCCCCACAAGAACAGGGUGCUGCUUUUCCGGAACAUGGUGACAAAGGAGAAGGAGAAGCUUGGGCUGGUUGAAACCAGCUCCGCGUCGCCUCACGUCACACACAUCACUAUCCGCCGCUCACGAAUGCUGGAGGAUGGAUACGAACAGCUACGGCAGCUUUCCCAGAACGCCAUGAAGGGGGUGAUCAGAGUGAAGUUUGUGAAUGACCUGGGAGUCGAUGAGGCUGGGAUUGACCAAGAUGGGGUCUUCAAAGAGUUUCUGGAAGAGAUAAUUAAAAAAGUGUUUGACCCUGCACUCAAUCUGUUCAAGACAACCAGUGGUGAUGAGAGGCUGUAUCCAUCCCCAACAUCCUACAUCCACGAGAACUACCUACAGCUCUUUGAGUUUGUGGGGAAGAUGCUUGGGAAGGCUGUGUAUGAGGGAAUAGUUGUGGAUGUACCAUUUGCUUCCUUCUUCUUGAGUCAGCUACUUGGGCACCACCACAGUGUCUUCUACAGCUCCGUGGAUGAACUUCCCUCCCUGGACUCCGAGUUCUAUAAGAAUCUCACUUCAAUUAAGCGUUACGAUGGUGAUAUCAGUGACCUGGGCUUAACGCUGUCCUACGAUGAAGAUGUGAUGGGUCAGCUUGUUUGCCAUGAACUUGUUCCUGGAGGGAAGACCAUUCCCGUUACCAAUGAAAAUAAGAUCAGCUACAUCCACCUCAUGGCUCACUUCCGGAUGCACACGCAGAUCAAGAGCCAGACAGCAGCACUCAUCAGUGGCUUCAGGUCCAUCAUUAAGCCUGAGUGGAUUCGUAUGUUCUCUGCACCCGAGUUGCAGCGGCUCAUCUCUGGUGACAACGCUGAGAUCGACCUCGAGGACUUAAAAAAACACACAGUGUACUACGGGGGCUUCCAUGGGAGUCACCGGGUCAUCAUCUGGCUGUGGGACAUCCUGGGCAAUGACUUCAGCCCUGAGGAGAGAGCCAUGUUUCUCAAGUUUGUUACCAGCUGCUCCAGGCCUCCACUUCUGGGCUUUGCCUACCUCAAGCCUCCGUUUUCCAUCCGCUGCGUGGAAGUCUCUGAUGAUCAGGACACGGGUGACACGCUGGGCAGUGUGCUGCGGGGCUUCUUCACCAUCCGCAAGAAGGAGCCGGGUGGGCGCCUCCCAACCUCCUCCACGUGCUUCAACCUCCUCAAGCUUCCCAACUACAGCAAGAAGAGCAUCCUGCGGGAGAAGCUGCGCUACGCCAUCAGCAUGAACACUGGCUUCGAGCUGUCCUAGUUGCCAUGGCCCUGGACUCCACGAUGGGGGCUCUCAGAGCUGCUGACUGCUGCUGGAGGUGGAGACCUUCACGCACAGAGGGUGGAUCGGCUCCGCAGGAGCUGGCUGCUCACUCGAGGGCUGGAGAGAUGCAGCUGAUAAUAGAGGUUUACAGGGAAGAGCUGCUGGGCUAGACAGGGCUGGCUCUUUAUUGGGCACUGCUCCAGGAGGAGGGAGGUGAUGGGCCUGACCCAAUACACUUCACUUGACACCCAAGUAAAUCGUCUUUAAAAGCAAACCCCGGGGGAGCAUAAAAGGAACAGUCAAAGUGCCAGUCAGAUUAGUGACCGUGAUACC